AUGAACUCUUUGGCAACACACCUCCCAGUAAGGCAGACCAUAAACUUGCAGAUCAAACAUAAUAAAAAGGAAAUAUGUUCUCUUCGGUCUGGAUUCUUACUCUUGGUGGCGAGAAUUGAGUUCCUUUGGAAACUCAAGAAAGUUAUUCUGGUGUCACCGGGGUCAUAUUCUUCUACAGGAACAGCUGGCAGCAAGGCAGAGACCUCUUCUAUGAUGCAGGGAAGACCAGUUAGAGAACAUAUAUCAAAUAGAGAGAUGAACAUAGCACCACAAGGGAAGUGAAAGCAAUUAUAGGAGCAUGACCAAAAACACAUAGCUGCUGUCAAAAUGGCUUUGUUUACAGGCACUUGAGUUGUGGUCAUAUGAAUAAAUUCAAAAAUUCCAG